GUGUUCCAGUUUGAUGCUUGUGGAGCAGGUUAGAGGAGAACCACUUUCAUUCCAAGUCAUAUCAUUUGACAAUCCUCGUCAUCAGUCAACGCUUAAAGCCAGAUCACCCCAACAUAAAAGAGAUUGGACGUUACAGAUAAAACAAGUAAUUCUAGAGAACUACUCUGCUGUGAUUCCAAAACAUGCCAGGCAACUAGUUUUGCAGUUGGGUCAGGAUUUGAAUGAAAACGAGGACGUGAACAAUGAUAAGUGGUCACCCCUCAGGCAGAAUUCCACCCCUCAAUACUUGGAAAGAAGGAGCCGAUUGAGGAAAACCCGAGAUUUCACGAACAGAAGGGCAUCUUCUCAAGAUAGGUCCAUUCUGUCACCAGGAAAUUGGAGAAGAAAAUCUGAACCCAGUAUGAUUCCUCAGUACAACUCGAAAACCAUGCCCAAGAAAAUAACCAAAUUAAAAAAAGCCAAAGAAUUCAAGAGCGCUACUUUUUACACUGACUUAUCAGAUUCAGAGAACUUUGAAGUGGUUGGCGAAUCCCUAGAAUGUUUACCUCAAAAUAAUUCUGAACUAACGGCUGAUGAACAGGCCAAACAACACCAGAGGUCCGAUGACAGGGUCAAAAAUAACAUAGAAAAAAUCGUGUCAGAUAUUCUCAUGGAGAACCAAACUUUCAAUAAGGCUCUUAGUAGACCAAACACUAGGAAAAAUGCUACAAAUGACCCCACUAUGGUGUGGUAUGAUGAUAAACUUAAGGUACCUGCCAAAUCAGAUUCAUUACCGAGGUCUUUUCAACUCAAUGAUCAGAUUGAUUCCAUAGACGGGGGACUGGAUUGUAGAAAUGAAAGGCUGAUGCAUGAUAUGUCAUUGAAGGAGAACCCGGAUAUUGAUGUAGAGGAGCAACAAGAAAAUGAUCUCUCUUCUCAACUAGAUGACACUGAGCAUCCAGAGCACAAAAUUUACCGAAAGUCGGCAAUGAGGUUCAGUAUUCUUCAUCGCAUCAGGCAUUUGCUUUUGGAAGAUCAAAAACGACAAAAAUACCCUUUGCACAAACAGGGCUCCAAAAGCAUGGGCGAAAAAAUUGCUCAUCCAGAUUAUGUGGAUCCUCAGAAAUUAUUCAGUGUUUCCAGAAACUGUAGUCAAUAUGAUUUAUCUGAAAAUAAGAACGAGGUUUGCGACGUAAUGGGAGAACCAGAACACUUAGAUUUGACAAUAAAUGAAAAAGAUGUACUUAACGAAAUUGAAAAGCGCCUUAACGGAGGUACAAAUGAUACUGACACUGGACAAAAAUCCUUCAAUUCUAGUCAUAGUACUACGAAGUCCGAGUGUAGCAAAAAUUCUAGUCAAAAUUCCGAUAGUUAUUACGAAAGUAUCUUGGAAGAUUCUCUCACUGAGGAAUAUGUGAGGGACUCUAGCGGAAAAAUGGUUGCUAAGCAAGAUUCUUUCAGCAGUAGCGAGAGUAAGAUUUCUUUCACCCAAAGGUAUCAAGCCUUUGAAAAAUUCUCUUCCUCUUCAACAGAGAAAAGACCAAUAAUAAAAAGACCCACUAAAGCUCCGCCACCCAUUCCACUGAAACCUGCAAGACUGUCAGCUAGUAACACCUCCUCUUUAAAAGUUUCCAGCGGAACCACAACAACCUCGAAGACUGUUUCACAGACUGCAAGUAGCUCAAAUGAAAGUUGUAGUCAGCGAGAAGUUAGUAAUAGUACAAGCUGGGUGAAAACGAUGGUCGGUAGGUUUGAAUGACAGCUGCAGAAUUUUUAAUUGAUUGUUCAAUGUGACCUAUGGGUUUGCAAGUGUAAAUAUUUAUUAUGUAGAAAAUUUUUAAGAAUAAUAAUUUAAUAACAUAUCUAGAGUCAAUCAUAAAUCAAUAUAUCAACAUAUUUAGUUACACUAUCAAAAUUUUUGUACAGGGUACAUCAUUACUAUGGACAGGAGUGUAGUUUCUAUAUUUGAAAGUGACACCCUUCUGUUUCAGAUGGUAUUUAUUCUUGUUAGUUCAAUAUGAAAAGAUGAAGGUAUUUACCAAAAAAAAUUUCAACAGAACAAUAUUCAAAGAUUCCAAGCAUAGAUGUAAGUUAAAUAAUGAUUUUGUUUUCCUAAAUACCUCUAUUAUCAUACAAAAUGAAGUGUCCUUGUUAUAAUAGAUCUUCAAAGAAUGAACAAAUCCCUAAUUUAUAACUUUACGUGUCAAAAUUGUAUACAAAAGAAGUAUACAGAAUGUUCAUAUAUUAUGAAGCUCUCCCCGUUUCAAAGUUAUCACUCUUGUGAUCUGGAGAAUUUCAUGAAUAGGCAAAUGAGAGGGGAAUAACAAUUAAACAUACUACUUCAUAUCACCGUGGAAGAAAACGGAAUUGCAACGGAAUUUAUCUCAAGCAGAUAAAAUAUUAGUCUUGAAUUUGCAAAUAAAGGAAAUACCAAAAACAACAGAACAACAAAUUGGAAAAAGGAGAAAGCAUUCUAUUAAGGUUCAUUCAAUAUAAGAGUCCGUUUCAUCGAUGGAAUAGCCUUGUAAAUUUCGACAAUGAUGGAAGACCAUAGUCAGCUAAUUUUUCUAAUAUAAGGAAGUUUCAUCACAGGAGUGAUAACUCUGAAGAAGGAAAAGCUUUGUAGUAUAUGAACACGCUGUAUACUUGUUUCUCAUAUAUUUUUAUCACUAAUGAAAUAAUAAAAAACUGAAGUUGUGAGUUGGGGAUUUAUUCUCUUUGUUUUUUGAAAGUUUAUUCAUGUAUUUAGGUUAUCACCUUUAAUGUUGAAUGGGUUUAUUUUAAUAAUUUUGGAAUUAUCUGUCACCAAUGACAGCUCUUUUGACAUCAUGUGGUCGAGUAGUUUUUGUCUUCCAGUAACUAGUUUGGUUUCCAAGUCUGCCUUAUCUGAACUGUUUUUAUCAUAAUUGAACUAGAGCAUUUCAUUUUCUGACUGCGCCGUAUUGUAAUAGACUUUCAAAGAAGCAAGGGGAUGAAUACCUAACUUGUAACUUCACUUGUCGAAUUUGUCAAUACUCGAUUUAUUAUUUUACCAUAACAAUAAAAAUUUAUAAGAAAGAAGUAUAUAGAGUAUUCAUAUUCUACACUUAUCAUUCAAAAUUAAUCAAAAAAUUUGAAAAGUUCAUACAUAUUCAGAUUAACAAAAAUUUGAAUUUGUUGUAUAAAUGUGUAUUUCAAGUAAACUUAUGAAAUUGCUGACAAUAAAAUAUGUACAAUAAUACUUACUGUAAUCACUGUAGAUGUGAUCUACAUACUUUCAUACCAAAGUAGAUCAAUAUUUUAAACUUCAAGGCCUAACCUUCUCGUUCUCUUACCUCUUAAAUUUCAUUGAACAAUCAACCAAAAAUGAUAAACUUCAUAAUUUUCCAUUGUGCUAUAUUAUGGCUGUUCUAAUAUAAUAAUAGUCUAAAUAUUGUUAUUUAAAUAUUUUUCAUUAUUGAAAUGUGUUUGUUCUCAUAUACGUUAUAAUAACGGACUUGUAUAGAUGAUAUAUGUAUAAAAUUAAGUAUUAUAUUUUUGAAACUUCCCAUGUUUCAUGUGCACAAUUUUAACUUGUAGUUUUGAAAAGUAUUUUAUAUGUGUUGGAUAUCAAAAAUUUACUUAAUUCAUUUCAAAAAUGUGCCAAAUGGGACUAUUCUAAUCUAAUGAAAUUCUAAUUAAAUUAUUGUUGAAUGAGUAAGUACUAAUAGUUUUGUAAAAUUGUUUCAGGAUUAAAUGCAUAUAACUAUUUUAA